UCAUCAAUCAACGUGAUUCAAAUUGGGAACGGUAGCUGAGAUCAAGAGCUACAACAUAUCCAAGUUUCGCGACAUUCCAACGGCUAGUGUUUUGUCGACGUCGUUUCUUGUGAAGACGACUUUUCUGUCCAGAAUUUCGGAUUUAUAUUUUGAGUAAUUCUAGCUCCUAAGUUCACCUAGACUCUGUCCUUAAUCCUAACAAGUGGUAUCAGAGCAAUAUUAAGGACAUUGAGAGGAGUCUACAGAAGUUUGAAGACCCUUCUAGACCCACCAUGGCCUGUGGGUGUGCCUAAGUGGUGUUCUAAAGGUUGGAUGUGUCUUCCGCUAAGGGGAAACUCUGCCGAAAUUUCGUGGACGCCGACACUUGUGAAAAUAUCGAGGGAGCUGAGUGUGGACAGCAAAGGGGAGCUGAAAUUCGUCAUUUCUCAAGGAGAAGAUGAAUGAGAGAGGAGGAGAUGCUAAUGGAAGAGGAGCUGUAGCUGAGAAGACAAGUGAGCCGCCGCCAUCAAAAGUUGAAGCUUUGGAUGGCUCCAACUAUGAGGAAUGGAGCGGACGGAUGAGGAGUGCCUUCAAACGCUACAAGCUCCUGAAGAUUGCUGUUGGGGAAGAGAAGAUGCCGGAAGAAGGCGAAGCACGUGAACGGUGGAUUGAGAAAAGCACGGUGCUUUUCGACCUCAUCCUUCAAUCGGUCAACAAGGAGAUGUUCGAGCACAUCAAGGAUCUUCUUGGGAAGAAGGUGCUGUGGAGUCUGGAAGAGGAGACCAGCUGCAUCAAGGACCUGUGGCAGCUGCCCAUCAUCCCAUGGAAUGGGAAGACUCCAACAGCAGCAACGGCAGCAGCGGCAAAGGCAACAGCAGGAGGAGAUGCAACUGCACCAACUGAUGGGGUCCUGGAAGCAGUCAAGAAAGUGCAGCAGCAGCAGACACAUGGUGAGGUGCUUGCUGGUGUGGAUGCAAGUGCGGCAUGGGCUAAGGCUUCACCAAGGAGUGGAGAGGCCGAUUGGGAGACAUGGCAUGAGAGGCUGUGUCAUGUGAACUUCCCUAUGCUGCAGAAGUUGGUGAAGGAUGGGAGCCUGAAGGGCUUGGAGGUGAAAGGGGGAGUGAAGGAGAUUGGGAGCUGCCCUACAUGCUUGGAGACCAAGUUCUCCAAUGCUCCAGCUGUGAAUAUGCUGAGGGCAUUUGGGUGCAUGGUAGUGUUUCAUGUGCCUAAGGAGAAAAGAGGGAAGUUGGAGGCUUCUGGAAGAUGGGGUGUGCACUUGGGGAUUGCAAAGGAUCACAAGGGGUGGCUGCUAUGGGACUUGACCACCCAGAAGUUGACAGUGUCAAGGGAUGUGAAGUUUCUUGAGUCCCUGUACUACAAGGAAUGGAAGCAGCAGCAACAGAAGCUUCCAUCUACACCGCUCAUUGUGGAGGCAGAUGAGGUGCAGCAGCCUUCAAGACAGGUGGAGGUUGCAGUGUCAGAGGAGGAGAUGUCUGGGGUGACUGAGGAAGGGGGAGCAGCUGAAGUAGAGCAGCAGCAACAGCAACAUGAGUCUCCACCUCGAGUUCCACACCCGCCUGAGCGACCUAGGAGGGAUGUGCGCCCUCCUGUGAGGCUGACCUAUGGGGGAAGAGGCAAGCCAAAUGUGGUGCAGGCUGGGAGUGUGGUUGAGCAGAUUGAGGAAGAUGAGAUCGCUCACUGCUACUGGGCACCAAUCCCUGAGCCCAAGACUUGAGAGGAGGCCUUGAAUGGACCAAAUGGGGAGAAGUGGAAGGCGAGUGAGGAUGAGGAGUUCGGGUCCCU